UUGUUUAGUUUCUCAGGAAGUGAGAAGGCCAAGAUGGUGAGUGAGGAGUUGCUGCUUCGUCUCAACGACAGUGAGUAUAAGAACUGGCUGAAGGCAGGACGGUGUCUGCUCAUUCUGAAGAGUGGCCUCCAUCCAUUCACCAGCCAGCACAUGAGAGGUUUCCACAGAGAUCUGCUCACACACAGCCCGGGGCUCAGGAGGCCCUGUGAGACCAAUGCAUGCAGACCCAGAGGGAACAAGGUGAUCCAAUACAGGAACGACUUAAUGCAUUCUUGUGAGUUGCGUAUGAAAGACGAGUGGAUGAGACGUUACCAGACAACUCUGAAACACUUUGUGCGGCAGUUCAGCCACGUACCACAGAUGGCAACAGUUGGAAAAGAAAUUGAUGAGAUGCUGACUGUCGAUUUGUCUGUAUGUGUCUCUGGUUUGGACCAAAUGGACGCUGCUACUGCACAGGGUCUAGAGUGUGAUUCUUUCGGCCAAUCGAGGGCCAUCGUUGACUUAGUGAGCCAAUGGGAAACUGAGUUGCUCCAAGAGAAGCUGCAGGAGUUACUGCAUACUGAUGACGAUGAGGAUGCUGAGACACGGGACACUGAGCAGCUGAAGAGGCUUGGUGGUUUCCUGCAAGCGAACAGAGAUUUGGGGGAGAGGUUUUCUGCAGAGCUUCAGGCCAUCGACUCACUACAGGCCAGAUGAAUGAGAAAAGACGAACAAGGAGCAAAUUGAACACUAUGUAUUUUAUUUGUAUUUGAAUUUAAGUUGAAGAUUUGUCACAGUGUAUGUACAUGCAUAUAAUAUUUUAUUAAAAAUGUAAAUGAU